CUGAAUCUGAUGCAUAUGCUUUGCUGAUGCCUUUCAACAAUGAUUACUUAGUAACCGCAUGGCAUAUGCACAAUUUGCUGUUCUGGUUGUUUUUCAGAUCCUUCCAAUUCCUUCGUACUGCGUCCUCCACCUCGUUCUCCUACCAGCAGCACAUUGCCAAUUUAGAGCCCACCCUAAACAUAUCAAACACGCUGCUCAGCCGUUCAAGUAUCUAAACAGGCAUACUGGAUCGCUCAUAGCGACGCAUGAGUCUGAGAAGCGGAGCAUGUGUGGAAGAGUUGAGAAGGAAUUGUUAGGAGAUCUGGGGGGUUGGUGUCGUUCCUUGGUGUCGUUAUAGCUCAUGCACUGGCAAGAAAUCGAUGCUGUCACUGCAUAGACGUCAACUCCGAAAUUUAAAUACAAUUAUAAGCACGCACAUCACAAGCUAUAUAUACAAGUCUGCCACCACCCGACCCAAUAUUAUCCGAAAUGGCCCUCAUCACCAACUUAUUUACACAAGUGUCUCACAAUAGAGUCCCACGUGCU